AUUAGUUAAAAAAUAUAAGGAAAAAAAUCUACAUUACAAGAAGCUUGUAGCCUUAUUGAUGGAGGAGGCACUAGGUAUAACUGACAAGUCCUCUUUCAUGCAUAGGCUCUAUAUGGAGACUCUGGGGUGAUUUAUCAAACCUUUUGCAAACAGGAGUAGUUGCCCAUAGCAACCAACCAGAGUCCCGCUUUUGUUUUUCAGCGGCCUUUUUCAAAAUGAAAGGUGGAUUCUGGUUGCUAUGGACAACUGCUCCCUUGCACAGGUUUGAUAGAUCUCCCUCUCUGUCCUUACCUCAUUCCCUGUUAGAGUGACUCCGCCCCUGUGUUUGCAGCCGCAGGUGUUACAAUGCAGCCUCACUUCCUCCUAAUAUAAAGACAAGCUCUGGAAGACUUGUAUAGUUUACUUGCAAGGCCAGUUUGAUUUCCUAGGAAAAUGCCCCCAAAGAGAACCAGGAAGAGGUUGGGAUCCAGGGCUCAGGGGAGUGGGGAUUCUGGGUUGGGAAUGGUGGAUCCACUGCAGGAACAGAAGAAUGAGAAAAUCCGACUAUUCAUGCAGGACUUCAUACAGCAAAGGAAGGAACGUAUGAAAGAUGUCAAGAAGGAGCUAGAGGUUCUCACAAUGCUCCCAGACCAAAUCCUGGAGGUGGAGCUUUUGAAGAUGCCCAUGUCCGUAAGACAGAUGACGGUUGGGGAAUAUUACAAGCUGAUGGAAUUGAACAAGGCAGAGUCUGCUCCUGUUCUGAAGGCUGACAGUCUGGAUGAAGAGCUGCGAGAGGCAAAAGUUGUAAGAAAGAAUAGCAAGAAAGUUAAGGUGACCACAUCUGUGGAAUAUCAUGAAACUUUGGCCUCUAAAGUGAUGUCCACAACGCAGAAGAAUAGGACCAUCCAAAAGGUUUCCAAAAGUAAAUCUCUUGUUUCACUCGUAAAUGAUGGGAAGAAAACGCCAUCUCUAGCCAGGUCUAUAUCUGCAACUCCACUUAAUAAAGCUUCCAAGAAGAUGGCCUCAGUAUCUUCUUGCAGAACUGCAUCCAGAACCUCAAGAAAUGCCACAGGCCCUCCCACUCGGUCCUCAAAAACCAGAGCCUUCUCAUCGCUGAGUGACAACCUUCCAUUACAUGAAGGCCUUCCGUUUGUACAUAUACCAUUGUUGGAUGGGCAGACUUUAUCAUCAGAAUAUGAUGACCUGGAGUCACUGGAUGUGGAGCUGCUAAGACAAGACACUGUGCAGCACAUACACACGCUUGUGGGACAGCUUACCAGCCUAUGUGCAAAAGCAUCAACGCAGCAUCUUGCGGGUGGCCAGGGGUAAUUUUCAUGACGCUGUAACUUUGGCUCAGUCGUUGGGUGAAGGACAGGAGGCCAUCCCAGCAGUAGUUUUAGUAAUGUCUUUAUUUAUGUGAAUGACUUUGUAAUACAAAUAAACAUUAA